UCUACGAAGCAUCAUCGCGCAAGGGUUCCAAGUUAAGAGCAGAGUGUUGGGCUGUCAUUUGCUUGUACUGUGUAAAGAAAUAUUUCAGAACAAACAAGCGGAAAGCUGAAGUGAACCGUUUCCUUUAUGUAUUUCAAUGGAGCACUGAAGACACUGACGUUUUUGUGCAUUACAAUGCACACAUGCACACAAGUGGAUUGUUUUGUGUUGUUGCGAUUUGAAUGCUUAAAUGACAUUUUGCCAUGCGUUUAUGUUAAUUAAGAGUUUGACAGGACUUUCUACAUUGCAAAUAUGUCUGCUCCGAAUAUGGACUUUUCUGAUGUAGAAAGUUUUCUCGACAAACAUCCAGAGUUAUUCGAAGACUACCUGAAUAGGAAGGGCAAACAUAGCAUGGUUGAGAAAUGGCUCAAAAAUCAUCAGGUGAAUAAAACACCAGUAAAUCCGAGCACUGACAUCGACAAAACGGGAAGUACUGGUAGCAGUACCGGUGGCAGUACUGCUAGCAGCAAGGGCUGUUGGAUCCACAUGGGUGAUGGUCUACAAAGAAGACCCUCACAGAAGGAACUGAGGAAAACUUUUGCGAGGUCCAAAGCUGUGCAUGCUAACAGGACAUACGACGAAAACUCCAGGGCACAGGAGCCCCUGACAAGCAUGAGAAGAAGAGCUCUCCUGCGGAAAGCCAGCUCCUUACCCCCAACUACAGCCCACAUCUUGAGUGCUCUUCUGGAAUCUCGAGUCAACAUACCCCAGUAUCCUUCCACGGCGAUUGAUUUCAAAUACUAUCUCAAGCACAAUAACGAAAGGGAGUUCUUUCUUGAACUGGUGAAAGACAUUUCCAAUGAUUUGGAUUUAACUAGCCUCAGUUACAAAAUCCUCGUUUUUGUCUGCAUCAUGGUAGAUGCCGACCGUUGCUCCUUGUUUCUGGUGGAAGGCCCCGCCAAUAAGAGAACUCUGGUGUCUAAAUUCUUUGACGUGCACGCGGGGGCCACAGUGCUGCCUUCUCUGAGUACGGAUAACUCGGAUGAAGUUCAGGUGCCUUGGGGAAAAGGAAUAAUUGGAUAUGUUGCUGAGCAUGGGGAAACGGUUAAUAUACCAGAUGCCUACCAGGACCGUCGCUUCAGUAAUGAAAUUGAUAAGCUAACGGGAUACAAGACCAAAUCCUUGCUGUGCAUGCCUAUUGGAAACAGUGAUGGGGAGAUCAUUGGAGUUGCUCAGGCCAUUAAUAAAAAUCCAAGGGGUGCCCUGUUCACAGAGGAUGAUGAAAAGGUGCUACAGAUGUAUCUUCCUUUCUGUGGGAUUGCCAUAUCCAAUGCCCAGCUUUUUGCAGCCUCCAGAAAAGAAUAUGACAGAAGCAGAGCCUUGCUUGAAGUUGUCAAUGACUUAUUUGAAGAGCAGACGGAUUUGGAGAAAAUUGUCCGGAAGAUCAUGCACCGUGCGCAGACGUUGCUGAAAUGUGACCGGUGUUCUGUGCAACUCCUUGAAGAUAUCGAGUCACCAGUGGUGAAGUUUACCAAAUCCUUUGAGCUUCUGUCUCCGAAAUGCAGUGCUGACGCUGACAGCAGUUUCAAAGACAGCUUGGAGAAGUCUUCCUACUCGGACUGGCUGAUCAACAACAGCAUAGCUGAGCUUGUUGCUUCCACCGGUCUUCCAGUUAACAUCAGUGAUGCAUAUCAGGACCCUCGCUUUGAUGCAGAAGCUGAUCGGUUCUCUGGUUUUCAUAUACACUCUGUCCUUUGUGUGCCUAUUUGGAACAGUAACCAUCAAAUAAUUGGAGUGGCUCAAGUUUUAAACAGACUUGAUGGGAAACCUUUCGAUGAUGCUGAUCAGCGGCUCUUUGAGGCAUUCGUUAUCUUCUGUGGCCUUGGCAUCAACAACACAAUAAUGUACGAUCAAGUGAAGAAAUCCUGGGCAAAACAGUCAGUAGCAUUGGAUGUCCUGUCCUACCAUGCUACUUGCUCAAAGACUGAAGUUGAUAAAUUUAAGGCUGCAAACAUCCCACUCGUUUGUGAACUUGGCAUCGAUAAAUUGUCUUUUGAUGACUUUUCUCUGGAUGUUGACGCCAUGAUCACAGCUGCCCUCCGUAUGUUUAUGGAGCUGGGCAUGGUGCAGAAAUUCAAAAUCGAUUACGAGACGCUGUGUAGGUGGUUGUUGACAGUCAGGAAGAAUUACCGGAUGGUGUUGUACCACAACUGGCGUCAUGCGUUCAAUGUUUGUCAGUGCAUGUUUUCAAUGUUAACAACGGCAGGUUUUCAGAAAACUCUGACAGAGGUUGAAAUGUUAGCUCUGAUUGUAGGCUGCUUGUGCCAUGACCUGGACCACCGGGGAACGAAUAAUGCGUUUCAAACAAAGACAGGUUCAGCUUUGUCGCAGUUGUAUGGUACAUCGGCUACUCUGGAGCAUCAUCAUUUUAAUCAUGCCGUCAUGAUUCUUCAAAGUGAGGGUCACAACAUUUUUGCCAACUUGUCCUCCAGGGAGUAUAGUGACCUUAUGCAGCUUCUGAAACAGUCUAUACUGGCAACUGACCUUACCCUCUACUUUGAGAAGAGAAGUGAAUUUUUUGAACUGGUUGAUAAAGGAGAAUACAACUGGAACUUUAAGAAUCAUCGAGAAAUGUUCAGGUCUAUGUUGAUGACUGCAUGUGAUCUGGGAGCUGUGACAAAACCUUGGGAGAUAUCAAGGAAGGUGGCUGAGCUUGUAACCAGUGAAUUCUUCGAACAAGGAGACAGAGAAAGAUCAGAACUGAAACUCACUCCGUCGGCCAUUUUUGAUCGGAACAGGAAAGAUGAACUGCCAGGCCUCCAGCUGGAGUGGAUUGAUGGAAUUUGUGCUCCACUCUAUGAGACUUUGGUGAAGGUAAACCCCAAGCUUCAGCCAAUGCUGGACCUCAUCCGAGGAAACAGAGUAAAGUGGGAAGAGCUAAACAGGGAGAGACAGCGCAGUCAACCAAGUAAUACCAGCAGCAGCAGCAGCAUCAGCAGCAGCAGUAGCAGUUCAAGUACAGGUACAAGUACAAGUAGCAGCACAUCCUGCAACCUGUCCCCAAAUAACACAAGCUAGUUCCUGGCAGUUCAUUGAAGGGCUCUUUCCUGCCAUUGGCUUUUUCAAAAGUCAUCCUGAGGGAAACUGAACUCAGCUGUGCUUCCAGAGUAUGGCACUCUGUUCUUAGCUUUCGAUGCAGAGGUGGAUUUUGCUUAAGCGCACAGUAUUCACCAGUCGAGAAGACGAAGUGGAGGUUUCUGCUAUGCAGUUACGGUUUGUGUUACUGUAUGGAUCGCUGGACAGCAUUAAUAUGCACAAUCAGGUUUUUGUUUUGUUUAGCUUGCAGCUGUGUGCAAAACCUACAGCCCAUCCAGUGCUGUUAAUCGCAAAUCUAAUUAGCCAGCAUCUUAAUGAAGAAAGUGGUUGGACAUAGAUCUUCACCACUCUUAUCACUUAGUGAAGCAGUCUUGGUAGAGAUGCAAUUAAAAUAGGAAAACAAGAAAGAAAAUAACCAGUAUCAAAACUUGUUAUUGUUCCCGCCUGUCAGGCGUGUGUCAGUCUGUUACCUGUGUGCUUUUCCUUAUACUGCUUAAAAUAUCUGUUGCAGGAAUGUUUUUGGAUUAUGUCUAUUUUGUACUGUACAUAUUUAUAUAUAUUUUUUAACAAAAGGAAGAUGUUAAGGCCCUGUCAUACCUAUGUUAAAUAAACAGUGUACUUUUAUUGGUUUGUGAAAACAAACAAGGCUAAGGGGCUAUCCUGGGGUUUGUAGCAAUGCGUGCAAUGCAAAUACAAAGCACAGUAACCUGUGCCUUGUAGAUAAACGAUGUAUAAAAAGUGCAUGAAAAUCCUUUGAGUAAGUCAUUAGGCAUUUUAUCAAGCAAAUCUGCAUUCCCAAAAUGUAGUUUAUGUUGCAUGUUCAGUCUCAGACAAAUGUGUUGGCACACUAUUAUACCACAAUUCAAGCUAACAGAUUAAGGACAAGCAUUUAGUAAACUUUGUAACAAAACAAAAAGCAAAAUACACAAUUUAUUGUGUGUCCUCCUAUUGUUUUUAUUACGGCUUUUAUGAUAAUUCUUAACCAGUAUGUUACAUCUUGUUGGUGACAUCUAGGCCCAUUCUGUUCAUAUUUCCUUCAGCUUUUUUUCAGAUCAGUCCAAAGCAUUUCUAUUGAAUUGAGAUCUGGUUAUUGUGAAAGGCCAUUCCAGAACUGUUAUCUUAGUUUUCUUCAAGAAUUCUAGUUGACUUAGGCUUUGGGUUGUUGUCGUGCCAAGCAACCUAUGAGCAGAUGGUAUCAUUGUACUUGAAUGUUUUGAUACAUGGCUGUAUUAAUUUGAUCUUCAAUCACAUGACUGUCUCCAGUCCCUGACCUACCUCCAUGUUUAACUAUAGGCACAAGGUUUUCUUCAUUGAAUGCUUUCCCUUUUUUCUCUAAAGAUACUAUGGUCCAUUUUUGGGGAAAAGUUGAAGUUGGGGUUGGGGUUAGGGUUGAGGUUGAAGAAUGCUUGAUUCCUGUUCAUAUUUCUUGGCAAAUUUUAGAUGGUUUGUUUUCCUUGAAGUGGCUUGCAGUGAGGUUUACAUGCAUAUAACUCUUCUGUGUUCAGGUGGCUUUGUACAGUUCUUUCGUGCACUAUUAUGCCUGAUGCUUCUAGAUCUUUCUUGAAGUCCUUGGCUGUUAAUGUUAGAUGAUUCUCCUACCUGCUGUAUCCGGAUGUCCACUUCUUUCAAGUGUUUCAGUUGAAUGUAUUCUGUUGUUCUUUGUGAUUGUUGCUCUGAUUGUGAAUGUUGGUAUUCCAUUUUUCUUUGAUACCGUUCUGUAGCUGUUUACUUUGUUUUGGUUUCCUACGAGUGCUCAAACGUGAAUCCAGUUCCUUUGUCUUGACCAUCAUCUACUGUGUUGCCAAAAUGAUGUUCUUCAAAAGAUGUUGGAAAUAAUUACCCAUUUUUCAGGCUAUUGAUUUUUAUAAUACAGCUUAAUUACUGUGCAAUGGUUUUCAAUCAAAUAUAUUUCUUAAUUAGUUCUGUAACAUUUGGACAGAUUUUAAUGUAAAGGUGCCACUAGUUUUGCCAUGAACAGAUAUUUGGAAUUGCUUAAGUGCUUUUAUUUUUCUAUACAGAUUGUUUGUUAAACUGCCAGCAAUGUGUGUAUUUUGGUCCUUUGCUCUUUGUCAUAUUAAUUUGUGGCUAAUGUUCAUGAAAUGCUUGUAUUUAACAUGUUUUCUUGAAUUAUAUUAAGUGUAGGGAGACAAUACCUUUGUCUGCAACUGUAUAUACAAAUCUCUUGAGUUACAACAAAUUAGUUAUAUCAGAUUUAACGUCUGGAAGUGCCAUUUAAAUCUGGAUAAAAACAUACUGUUUUUCAGAAAAGUACACACUAUUACACAUUUUACUAAAUUAAAAAGGGUAGAGGAUAUAUAUAUAUAUAUAUAUAUAUAUAUAUAUAUAUAUAUAUAUAUAUAUAGCUCUUCUUUUACCUGUAUGUUUUAAUACAAAUCGUAGGGGUGUACCAUUGAAGCUUUUGGUUAAGUGGGGAUAUAGACACUUACUCCGCUUCCUUCACAGCAUGGCAUGGAAUCAUAUCAUAGUAUCAAAGGGUUGCCAUUAAAAUGCCAAGAUUUAGUGUUGAAGAGUAAGUGUUGCAUGAAAAGAUCACUUACUCUGGAACAAGUUACAUGUGAUCGGUAAUAAGAAAACACAACAAACAAAAAGACUUGUGCCAACAGGUUUCCCCAGUAAUGUUAAACUUGAAAAUGGAGUUCCUUAUUUUACCAUUUUGACAGAUACUUGGGUUGUAUUUAAAACAAAUAUCCUGUUUACCUUGAAUGUAAUUGCAUGGGUUUUAUUGGUGCAUCUUCAAAUUGCGUGGAUUAAUUGAAAAGCUCAUUGUUUAUCUUUUACAUAUGGUUUCAAAUGUAUGACUGCUGUAUACUGUAAUAUAAUGUUCCUUGACUUUGAACUGUUGUUUGUUUUCUAGCCAUUUUAUUUUUCCAGAAAGUCAUUUCAGUUUGUUAUUUACGUUAUACAUUUAAAUUUCACAGACAUAAUGGAGACAUAAUUAUUUAAAGGCAUGUUAUUUGGAAAUGUACUAUGUUUUGCUUAGUUUACUGAAAUAAA